AGGACACCGAAAUACUGUGGAGGAGUACUAGUUGACGCAUGUGUGGUCUCGUCCAGGACGGUUAGCAAGGCAUUUGCCGUCUGAUUCUUUCCUGGAUUAUAUUUUUGAUAAUAAGUUCUACAAACAACAAAGAGAGGCUAUUGCUGUAUUUUUGAGUAUUCGUGUCUGGAUACGUGGGAAUUUUUUUAUCUUAAAUUAGCAGGCUCAUUUUAUAAAAUUUCACACGGAGGUGGACACGUGUGUGGGGGACACAGCACAUGUUCUAGAGCUCAUUUUAGUCGAGUUCGGUUCAUGUUCGGUGUUUUUCACGGUCAUUAACUCCAACCUUUCCGAGGGGAAUGUGCCACAUUGGUUUUCAGAAGAGACUUGCUAAAUUCGCGCGCAUCUUAUUUUAGUUUUGUAUAGCGCCGUUUUCGUAUCCAGGAGAAGUAACCAUGUCGGAUGUUGACUUCGCAGCAGAGUGUCUGGUCUCCAUCUCCAAUCGAGCGGUGAGGCACCGCUGCCCCGAAAUGAUCCCGGCCGAAGAUGUGUCGAAGGAGAACCAAGAGAACAGGACUCUGCUCAUGGUCGCGAUGAUUUUGCUCGACUUGAACAAAUGCAGUCCUGCCACCCGAAGCGGAAGCGGCACGAAGUGCUUAGGAGAAAGCGAUGCGAGUAACCAGCACGGCGUCCGGGGGAGUCGGAUGAGCGUGGACGCCAGAGAUUUAGGGCGGAGAAAGCCAAAUGCGACUGCUUCAAUGCAGACGUGCGACAGGAAAACGGGGAGAUUACGCGCGUCCCCCGAAAAGAGACACUGCUGCCCUUUCUCUGGUUGUGGAAAAGUGUAUGGAAAGUCGUCUCAUCUUAAAGCCCACUUCAGGGUUCACACCGGUGAAAGGCCCUUCCAGUGCACCUGGCCCGAGUGCGCCAAGAAGUUCUCUCGCUCGGACGAACUAACGAGGCACUACCGCACGCACACGGGAGAGAAGCGCUUCACCUGUCCCCUGUGUGACAAGUGCUUCAUGCGGAGCGACCACCUGACCAAGCACGCCCGUCGCCACGCCGACUUCCACCCCAGCAUGAUCCAGAGGCUGUCUGGCUGGAGGAAGCGCUCCUCGUCCUCCGUGUCCUCCUCCGAGUCCGGGGACCAGACAUCUGCCAGCGUGUGAGGUCUCCAGGAAAACCCCGUCCCCCAGGAGACCCGUCUCCACAGCAGAAACCGCGGACCAGACCAGUAGCUCUUUACCACAGUUCCACACAGCCCCGCCCCCUCUCACCAUAUGAACACCUCCAAUGACCACAGACCCACUCACAACACAUAUACAAGCAGGACAUUUGCUGUACAGUGCUUGGCAAGUGAAAUUGUAUGCUUUCAUUCUUCAAGUAUCACCUUUUCCAUGUUGUAGUCUACACUGGAACCUGAAAGGCAGUUACCAGUGGUUUUCUCCCAUUCAGACACACAGAUGUGACAGAUGAGUAUUUCCCUGGAAGAUUAGGAGGUUACUGAGCAAUGAGUGCAUUAAACCGUUCUAAUCCAGGGGGUCCAACUGUGCAUCUGGGAAUUUUUCUGAUGCUUUCCCUCACCCUGCAUCUUAAUAUAAUGGUCUCCAGGAAGGGCUCCCAAAAGCUGAGAGACAGCAGAGGUGAAUGUAUCUCAUAUGUAAAUACGACUGUACAGAAGCACAUUUGAUGCGAGAAAAAAACGUGUUGGUGUAAAAUGUAGUGCUGCAGAAUUUCAGCCACUUAUAGGGAUUUUCCACUUUGCUUCACUUUAUAAGCAGAGAAGCAAACAGAACAUACUAUUUCUACUACUCAACAGUUCAUGGCGUUACGUUCUAAUUAUACCAAUAUUAUAGAGUGUCUAUAGCAUUAAAAAUGCAGAGAUAUGUUGAUUCAGCUUGGCUGCAAGUCUUAAUAUCUUGAAGUAUAUCUUAAACAUGACAAACAAUCAAAAUGUUUCAACUGAAAAUCUUUUAACAUCCAGGCAACUGAAAUUGCGCUGAAGUAAGCAUGAUACAUUAGCCACAAUUUUGUGUUUGUUGAGUGGAUUCAGAACUCAUGAAAAAUGAGGCCUGUCUGUGCUCUGAAUCUAUAAACUGCAUUUUAGCAGGAAGGCUGGGAGUAAAUGAUAGUCCUGCCUUAUGUCAGUGCAUUUUAUCACUACUCACAGCCAAGGCAGGUGUCUGGAAAACAUUUAGUACUUUCGCAGGGAUUGGGUUCAGAACCACUUUGCUGUAGUGCACCAGCAACAGUGCUAUCGGUGUCAUCUUUCGCUUGAGUGUCCCAAAAUCAAGUUCAGGCUCAGGCGUGUAACAGAUCAAGAUAGGAAAGAUAGGAAAGAGGGUAGACAGGUAAGGAGAGGCAGAGCCAAGUCAGAAGUGAACAGAACCGAGACACACAGGCUGGAGAGAGCCAGAACACUGAGACCGGCCAGAGAGACAGACUGAGGACGGAUCAAAAGGACGACAGGAAGACUAGCGGGGUUCAACAGGGUGAUAAGCAAGGGGUGUAACCUCCCCGCCCCUCCCUGUGUAGCCUUGGCUGAUCUAGGAAAAGGGAGUUUGUCAUUAAUGUUUAAUGGGAUCGCCUGUGCUGGUUGCUCUCUGACAUAUGAGUCUGCAGCAGGAGGGGCUUCCUGCUAUUUUUAAACUCCAGUAAACACAGAUAAUGGCAGGUGACAUAACAUGGAAAAUGUGUUUUUUUUUACUGGUAAAGGGGAAGGAAGCAAAAACAGUUUAUAAGGGACAUUUUAAUCCAGCCCUGCUGCUGCAUCUGUAUUCACUGGCUGUUGAGUUAUCAUUUAAAAUCUGCCAAAAUAUGAUUAGCAGUCUAUUAGCAAUGUUAUCAGCUGUGCCAUUGACAAGAGUUCUAGUAUUUAUUCUGUACCUUUACAUCUCUUACGGACGACUAGUCCUGCCUUGCUAGCUUUGGAGUACUGGACCUGCUCAAAUUUCCACUGGUUAUCAUUUGAUUAUUAUCUGUGAGACGGAAAACUACAGCUGUUCAUAUGUCUGAAAUGUCAGCCUUGAGCCACUCAGUAUUUUUUAUAUGUUGUCUGUCAUGCUGUUUUAUCUGUACAUAUGCCAUUUAUAACAGAUGCUGAAAUUUAAUUGUGUGAAUUUUGAUUUUGCUCUGCUUAGUGGCAUAAUGGUAAUAUAUGGUAAUCUCCCUCAAAUGUUGAUUACUAACAGUGCAACUGGAGCAAGGGAAUUCUAAAUUUUGAAUAAUCUGUUACAGUAAACAUGAGGACAUCCAGUUUGGCAACGGUACAUUUUCCAGUUCAUUUUGGACUUUUUAUAUUCACAUGUUGAUUGUGAGGAAAAAAAUGACACAAGGUCUACCUCUGGUUCAUUGUCUUCAAACAGAUGAUGCAAUACCUUACAUCAAUCAGUCACUGGGUUGGAUAGUACUCUGACUCUUCAACAGCUUAAUCUCAUUUUAAUUAAUAAAUUAACCAGACAGAUAUCACACACAGGCAUUAAUAUAUGCCAACUGGCAGAGACACUUCUACUGGCUGCCACAUGUCUGCAUGAUGCCAAAAAACUAAAAUCCUGCGGUAUCAUCACCACUGCCCUCUAGUGGCUGUAAAAUGAAUGUCAUUACUUAAGGUCGAGUGAAUGUAGUAUAGCAUUAUGGUCUAUAGAGCAUCAUUUUUGCAUGAAAUGUAAUAUAUGUAUAUUGCAUAAAAAUGUUAUUGCUGUUUAAUUGUAUCCUGUAGCAAUGUAAUUAUGUUUGGUGGGUAUUAUGGUGGAUGGUGAAAUGCCAUUCUCUCCCUAAACACUAAGGUUAGACUUGAAUGUAAAAGUUAGGGGGCUGCGCACCCAUAAUUGGAAAUUAAUAUAAUGACAAAGAAUUGUAUUUAUAUAGCACCUUCACCCCUAUCAAGGAUCUUGCAGUGCUACCUCAGAUACCACUAAUGUGUAGUCCCCACUUGGCUGAUACAUGGCAGCCAUUUUAUGCCAGAGUACUCAGGAACCCUUUACCAUUGGAUCUUCUAUGAUCACUGUGAGUAAGGGCCUCAUGUUGGUGGGGAGGGGAGUGGAUGGCAGAUUCUCAAAAGCUGUUUCACCCCAGAGCUUGCAAAAUCAUGGUUCAAUUCACCAAACUGUGAGCAAACACUUAAAUUGGCCACUUUAAGUUCCUCAGUAAAUCAGCAUAGCUGUUGUACAGCGCUGGUGUCAGGCCUGUAAGUUUCCACCAGUACUGUGAUUUUAGUCAACUGAUCACUACUGGGAUUUUUUCUUUGUGGAGUGGUGACUACAAUAUCACCAUCCACCUGCCCCUCCACCCUUCUUCAAAGCUGUUGGCCAAUCAGGUGCAACUGUAUUCAGGCCCUGCCUGUGGCCACCUGAAUCCAGAACUCUCAACACUGUUGUGGGCAACUGUUUUCUUGGAGAACUGUUCUUUUAUGAGAAUGUUCCAUUUUUGGGAGUGGACUUGACAUAGCAGAUCCAUAUUAUAUAUAUUUUUUAGAACACUCAAACAUAAAAUGGUUAUUGUUUUCAAAAUAUUGAAAUGUUAUGCUGUAAGUAUUCAAAAACAGCCAAAAUAAUACAUUUUCUUUCGGCGUUUUGUGCCUUGGGUUUCAAAAAUGGGACAGGCACAAACUAAACAACUACUAUGUGCUGUAUUUAUUCCUCUUGAAUGAACAAACUUCCAAUGCAAUGCUUUUUCACUGUACUUGAAAAGAUCUUCUUGCCUUUUUUCACUUUUUUAUGACCUGCACACAUAUAUCUGUUUGUAUAAUAUGUAUGUUGAAUGUACAUACCUGCAUAACUGAUGAAACUGAAUUGUAUCUGAUGCUUCUUAUCAUUAAAAGCCUUCGCCUUUCUACUUACGGAAAAA